UGUUGUAGUAAUUAGUAAUGGUCAGGAGGAAUGGAGAAAUAGGCGAGAGUGAAAUAGAUAUAGAUAGGGAGUGAGUCAGGGCCAGGGUGGUAUUGAAACAGAGUGAGAGGGAAGGUCAAGGAUGUUGUGACUGUCAAGAGUCAGGGCACAGAAUGGUCAAUGUCUCCCUUCUAAAUGGCAGAAAGUCAAGAUGCUCAUUGAGAGAGAGGAAAACGUCCAUUUUGAAGCUGCAGCUUUGAUAGGCUGAGGGAAGAGGAGAAUAACAAAACAAUCAGGAAGAGGGGAACAGGUUGAUGAGAAGGGAUAAAAUGAAAGCGAAUGAAGCAAUGAAGAUAAUUACCUGGCCAAAAACAAGUUACUGCCACUACAACACACAGUUACUGGAUGCUGGGGUGUGCUGUGAACAUAGGGGUACAAAUUACACAAGGAGUACAAAGUAGUUGUAAUGCAAGAGGCCCAUUGCAUGGUUGGAAAUUGGAGAGGGUUAAACCUCACCCAGAUUUACAGAGAAGAAUAUGUGACUGAUUGAAGUUUAUGCAGAUUGUGAGGAGAUCAAGAUAACGGAGAAGGACGUACCCAUCGUUGUUGUCAGUAGAAUAGAGAAUGUACUGAGACCAAUACAUAAGCAAAUCUUGCAAGACAGGAGGAGUCAUUCAGAAGCUACCCAGGCCAGGGUUAGAACUAUUGGGCUGUUCAACUGGAGACUGGCUGUAUUUUAUACAAAGGAAGGUCUACACUGAACUUAGAACCAAAUGCUGUGAGAUUGUACAAUCAAAUGGAGAAAGAAGUGCCGAAUUUACCUGUGGAGGUGAUCUCCUACAUCCUGCACUUUCUAUCUAUGUCUGACAGGAAGGAAGCAUCUUUGGUGAGCAAAGCUUGGUACACUGCCUCUCUGGACCAAAAUCUCCAGAAAAACGUUUUCUAUCGUCUCCAAGGAACGUACGAUUCUCUCGAGUUUGUCAGACACUUGCGGUGGAGACAGAGUCUCUGUGUGGCUCUGAGCAACCUCGAUGGCUCGCCUACCUCACGCAUGGUCAUCCAGAACAUAGCUCUCCACCUGGCCCCCCACCUGAAGAGCCUCUUGCUGCGGGAUAGCAACAUCACCGAGAGCUCCUUCAUGGAUUUGGUCCCGUCCUGCCGCAGCCUGUGGGGGCUUGAUAUCAGCUGCUGCAACUGCCUUUUCAAGCCUGGCACCUUGAUGGCAGACGAAGAGAGCAAAGCUAGAACGGCGGAAGCCUUGGUCGAUCUCCGGGAGCUGAAUCUCUCCAACCUGCGGUACCUCUCCGACAUGACCUUCAAUCGACUUACUGACUGCAUGCCCAAACUCAGAAAGCUAGCUCUGGCUGGCUGCCCCAUCGUCUUUGAGUUGGAUCCCUACCGAGGAGUGAAAACAUGCAAUUCCCCUCCUACACUGUCACUGACCAACAUCCUCUGCUUUAUGGACAGGCAGGCGGCCACGCUGAAGUGGUUAAACUUCAGCCGCACCAGUAUCACAAGUGAAGCAAUACAGUCAGUAGUCCAGGUGCCCGGGCUUCAGCUGGAAGGCCUGGUGCUUCAACACUGCAAGGAUUUGACAGACGACGCCGUCUGUGCCAUCUGCUCCUGCCAGCCAAGCCUCACCAGCCUGGACCUCACCGGUUGCGCUGAGCUGACUGACAAGUCCGUCUUGGCGGUGGCCAACCUGCAGUUCCUGGAACGUCUCUCCCUGGGUAAGAUCCGGCUCAUGACAGACCAUGGGCUGAAGAACCUGUCCUCCAUCCCCACCCUGCGAGCCCUCGACUUGUCUGAGUGUUACCAGGUCAGUGGCCUUGAGCUGGUCAACAGACUGGCCUUGCCAUACGCCACACCGACUUUAUUCAGUCUCAACUUCAGCUGCUGCACCAUGGUGAAAGACAGCUGCGUUUUCUCAAUGGGGGUGAUCCUGUGUGACAGCCUGCGGGAAUUGGACCUCACCUCCUGUGUAUACAUCACUGAUUUCAGCAUCUCCAUUAUCGUCAACUACCUGACGGGCCUGACAGUACUACGGCUUGGCUGGUGUAAAGAGAUCACGGACAGGGGACUGCUUGGAAUGAGCAUAGCCAAUGACAACUGUCAACUCGACGAGAAGGACAAAAAGGCCCAGAUUAUUACUGAGUCUGAACUGAAGAUUUCCAAAGAGAAAGACGGAGCUACGCUGAGAUCACUGAUGUGUCUUAAGGAGCUCUGUUUGACUGCAUGUACGAAACUAACAGACACCAGCAUAACCAAGGAAAUCCGCUUUCAGGAGCUGAAGACCUUGUCACUGAACAUGGUCCAUGAGAUAACAGACGAGAGUGUGGUCUCAAUUGCAGAGCAUUGCCGUAGCUUAGAAGGGCUUUCCCUCAACCACUGUGGCCAACUGACUGACCAAGGCUUGAUAGCUGCUGCAAACCACAUGAAGAGGCUUACAAACCUUGAAAUCUCCUGCUGCGAUAAGAUCACCAGCCAGGCACUGGAAGUCCUCGUGCAGGAGUGUAAGUGGCUGAGGAGUCUGGAUGUUUCCAUGUGUGGUGGGCUGACGAUCAGAGACAUCGAGCGACUUCAGCUAGCUCACCCCAGGCUCACCAGCAUUAAGGCCAAAUAUCUGGAGGAGCAGACCAUUUCCUCACUCUUGGAGUGAGACUGGAUAGCCGAGUUGGAGCUGGACCUGGAGAACACAGCUUAGUCCCUGUGCAGCUGAAACCAGGCGUAACGCAACAUUCAGCAAUCAGCUUCCAGCACAGCUAAUUUUUUUGAAUGUGUGUUGCUUGGGUUUGAUGAAGUUAAGAUGCAGAAAGGUGAGUGUGGAGCAUGCUGUGUGAAAAUCAGUGUGUUUUGUUUUACUUUAGUCCUGGAGUUGUAUACUGCAGUCAGGGACUGGACAUUUGUCAUUUUGUUUUCUAACUUAUUCUCAAUCGUUUCCUACCUCAUCAGAAAUUCUUUAUGUUCUAAAUUGAAAGCACCCAAUUUCAGCUAUUGUUUCAUUCUUAUUGGAAGAUUGGCGAGUUGACUAGCAGGCUGCACCUCCUGCUGGACUUUAAGCCUGGCACCCAUCGCUGUUUCCAGCAGAGGUAGCUACUGUUCCCUGACCCCAGUAGAGCUGCUACACCCUGCCACCCACCUCCAUCUCUAGAAGACGUGCUGCUGCAUCCCAUUACCCUUCGCUGUUUCCAGCAGAGCGAGGUUCUGUAUCCCUGCCACCCAUCCUCGGCUUUAGCACAGCAGGAGAAUGGGGCAGAAAGUGCAAAGAGAAAGCCCAGUGAAGGUGUUUCUUUGAGCAAGUUCAGUAAUAGCUUUUUUUUUGUAAAACAGAUCUAUGUCCUGUUAAACAUCAUUGAGCCUCCAAAGAGGAACUGAACAGAUCUUGAAUUCCCAUGUGAUGAAACUGAACUUUUACCCACACUUCUUUCCACCUUGAUUUUUUGACUCCAAUUUGCUAUGUACAUAUUCACCCUGUCCUUUAUCCAGAGUCAGGUUAGACUUGACAGACUGUACCGCAGAGGUACUCAGGCAGUUCUUCUUACUAAAAGGUAUCUCUGAGAUUGAAGCAAAUGUCAUGGCCUCACUUUCGGCCGUGGCUCAAUUGAUAAAGGAAAUAAUGCCCAAGAUUAAAUUAGUAUCUUCGGUGGUGUUUGAUCUUUGUGGGUUUUGGAUGGUACUUCUGACCCCAGUACAGUUUAAAACUCACAUCCUACUGAGUUGUCGGAGUGCAAGUUCCUUUGACUGCUUGAUAUUUGCCUCAUUACUGUGCAUGUUGCACUACAAAUCUGCCAGCAGCUAUGUUGACAGGAUUCAGUACUAAAGUUGUACCCUUAUGUGUUAUUUAAGGUUGAAUUUUUUUAAAAUGUUCAAAUCUUGCUAAACGUUUGCUUCCGUUGUGUUCUUGAUGGGAAACUGAAUUUAAUUUUUAAGCAGCUCGACUGUGUCGUUGCAGUGAGCUCAAAGUUGGGGCUG